GUGAGGCAAAACCCUUCCUUAAGCCGUGAUUCACCUUCCUUCUCUUCUUCUCUCCUUCUCUCCUUUCUCCCUCACUCACGGCUGACCACGAACACCACCACCACCAGGCCGCCUGCCUUUUUCCCUCCACCGUGAGCAGCCACCACAGCAAGGCAGCCCCUCUUUCUCCCCACCAAAAAUCUCUCUUCCCUCCCCGUUAUCGUUCCCAAAAUGGCUCGUAACAAGGAAUCGCUGGUUUUAUUGCUUGAUGUUGGUCCGAAAAUGCAUGGUGUACUUCUACAAGUUGAGAAAGUUUGUGCCAUGCUUUUGGAGAAAAAGCUACUUUACAACAAAUUUGAUGAAGUGGGAAUAGUCCUAUUUGGAACUAAAGAAACAAAGAAUGACCUCACUGUUGAAGUUGGCGGAUACGAAAAUAUUGUGGUCCUGAGGAACAUUAAGGUUGUAGAUGGAGAUCUCGUUGAUGCUCUAGAAUCGCUUCCACAGGGGACUGUUCCUGGUGACUUUCUUGACGCAAUUGUUGUUGGGAUGGAUAUGCUAAUAAAGAAGUAUGGACCCACUAACAAGGGAAAGAAACGCCUUUGUCUUAUCACCAAUGCGCUCUCUCGUUUGAGAGAUCCUUUUGAAGGAACAAAAGAAGAUCAAGUCUGCGCUAUUGCUCGGCAGAUGACUGAGCAGGCCAUGAAAUUGGAAUGUAUUGUAGUUAGAGGGGAGCUAAGUGGUGAUGCUGAUAAGAAUGUGAUGGAUGAAAAUGACCAGCUAUUAGACCUUUUCACAAAGAGAACUUGUGCAAAGACUCUUUAUGUUGAAAAUGCAACAUCACUGUUAGGAGCUCUCAGGACUCGGAGCGUAGCCCCUGUUACGAUUUUUAGGGGUGAUCUUGAAAUAAGCUCUUCUCUAAAGAUCAAGAUUUGGGUGUACAAGAAAACUUCCGAGGAAAAAUUUCCAACCCUAAAGAAAUAUUCAGAUAAGGCACCAGCAACAGAUAAGUUCGCCACUCGUGAGAUUAAGAUUGACUACGAAUAUAGAAGCAUUCAUGAACCUGACAAAAUAGUGCCUCCAGAACAAAGGAUAAAAGGUUAUCGUUAUGGACCAGAAGUGGUACCCAUCUCAUCUGAUGCUUGGGAAGCUGUCAAGUUCACAACGGAGAAGAGUGUGAAGCUCCUUGGAUUCACUGAUGCUAAAAACAUUCGACGGCAAUAUUACAUGAAGGAUGUCAAUAUAUUCACUGCUGAACCUGGCAAAAGAGAAGCUAUGAUUGCUGUUUCUGCUUUGGCUAAAGCAAUGAAGGAAAUGAAUAAGGUAGCCAUAGUUCGUUGUGUUUGGAGGCAAGGGCAGGCUGGUGUUGUGAUUGGAGUUUUGACACCAAACAUAUCCGUGAAGGACAAUAUUCCUGAUUCCUUGUAUUUCAAUGUACUGCCGUUUGCUGAGGAUGUACGCGAGUUUCAGUUUCCAUCUUUCAAGAAUCUUCCGGAAAUAUUUCAGCCCUCUGAAGAACAGCAGGAGGCUGCUGAUAAUCUAGUGAAAAUGUUUGACCUUGCACCACCUGCCAAAGAGGAGAAUCUGAAGCCUGACCUCACACCAAAUCCUGUUUUGGAGCGGUUUUACCACUUUCUAGAACUAAAAGCAAAGAACCCAGAUGCCGCUGUGCCUCCACUUGAUGUAGCCUUGAAGAGCAUAACUGAACCCGAUGCAGAAUUUGUUUCUCAAAACAAGUCUGUAAUUGAUGAAUUUCAAAGAUGCUUUGAAUUAAAGGCGAAUAUAAAGAAGAAGAAAUCAACUAGGUCGACUAGGGAGAGGCCAUCUGGAUCUGAUGAUGAGAAAGAGGCUCCAAAAAACCUUGAUGAGGGGAAACCAUUGACGACCACUCGUGAUAAUUCUGCGGUUAAGGUUGAGAACAGGGAUGAGAAACAAUCUAAUAAGACCCAUUUUAAUGCUCCGGCAAAUAAUACUGUGGCUGUUUGUGAGAGUAUUGAAAAUAUUGCCCCAAUCCAGGAGUUCGAAGCUAUGUUGUCUCGUAGAGAUAGCCCCGAUUGGGUUGUUAAAGCAAUCAGAGGUCUGAAAACCAAAAUUCUUGACCUCUUGGACGACUCAAUUGAUCAAAAUAACUAUGAUAAAGCUUUAGCGUGUCUUUUUGCCCUUCGAAAAGGCUGUGUACUUGAACAGGAACCUGCACAAUUCAACAACUUUCUGGGCUAUCUGAAUAGAUAUUGCAAGGAACAAGACUUGCAUGAUUUUUGUGAAUUCCUCGGCUCAAAAGGGAUGACAUUAAUCACAAAGACAGAAGCCCCAGACAGGUUAAUUUCUAAUCUUCCUGCGAAUCUUAACUUGUUUCUAAUUUGUCGCUUCACUCCUCUAUUUCUUGGUUCUUCCUCCAAAUGUACCCUGGGUCAUUUUUCUAGUACUAUAUUGUUAAUUCAGUUAAUUUUUCUUUAAAUGGGAUUAUUCAGUUACGCUGCAUCUAAAUCAUCUUUUAGUUCAGCGAUGUGCCAGAUGAAGCUGGGAGAAGUUAUCUGGUAAACCGAGAGCUUAAAGUUGAAUAAGAGCUUGUUGGAUAAUUGAUCUGCUGUUUUUCUGUAUAUAUAUUUGAUAACGGAAGCUGACCAAGUGGAUGUGGAGACGGAAGACGGAGGAGCCGAGGAGUGGCUAAAGUAUUACUGUAUUAGUAUGUGUAAUUGACAGAAUUAUGCUAAAUUGCUUUGUAACUUCUAUCCCCAAAUAUUUGCCUCCCUUUUGGGUUGUACCUAAAUGAUUAGGAAAAUUUGAAUCAAUUAAGCAAUUUUAACAAAAAAAAAAAAAAAGAGCUUCGGGUAAACUUAAUUCUAAAAAUAAGCAUCUUCAUGUCUGAGUCUAAGGUUAAGAUGUUCGUAGUUAUUAACAAAGAACAAAAAAAUUGGUUAAAAAAGUCAAAAUUGUUUGUUCGCAGUAAUUAAGGGAGACAAUGUCAAAAUUUUUUGUUCGCUGUUAGUAACUGUGAACAUACAUAAUCUUAAGCUCGGAUAUAAAGACGCUUAUUUUUUAAAUUAAGUUUACCCAAAGCUUAUUUUUUAUAUUUUUUUUGUUAAAAUUGCUUAAUUGUUUCAAAUUUUCAAUAAUUAGGCCGUAUCUGUUUUUGGCCAAAAAGUACCUGAGUGCUUUCACAUUUCUCUGUGUAGCUAGCCUCUAAUUAACGAAGUCAUUCUAAUUUAUUGAACACAAGUUCUUUUA